AUGGACAGAGCAGAUGUUCUCCUGGAGCUUCUUGGAGGGCUCCACCAGCUUGUGUUUCUUAAAUGUAGAGCAGACAUCACAGGCCACAUCUUCAGGUCCAGCAUAGCAGUGAUCAGCAGGAGCAGCUUGGAGUCCAGUCUUCUUCAGGAGCUGCUGGAGGACAGGAAUCUUACAUUUUUCCUGUUUUACCGUAUUGGACUUAAACAGACGAGAAGAAGGCGAACUCCUGUCUGGAAUCGCCAUCCGUACGAGAAGCUGAACAAGGGAGAAACCUAUCAAGUAACCCACCAGAACCGGGUUCUGGGGCCUGUUCCUGCCUGGAGGACUCAGAGGCUGAACGGGAUGCAGAGGCGCAGAGUGAAACAGAUCGAACCAGAGAAAGAGCUGCUGGAGGACAGGAAUGUUACAUUUUUCCUGUUUUACCUCAACAGACUUAAACAGACGAGAAGAAGGCGACCACCCGUCUGGAAUCGCCAUCCAUACGAGAAGCUGAACAAGGGAGAAACCUAUCAAGUCUGCACUCACCAGCCCAAUGAGAAGCCAGACUGCUGUGAAACCAUGCAGAUUGGAAACCUUUUUCUUUUUCUUGUGCAU